CUUGGAUCAUCUUGGCCACCUCCACUUUGGUCUUUCCCUUCACUGGCUUCCCAUUCACGCCUGUGAGCUCAUCGCCUGCCGCCACCGUCCCAUCCAGAGCUGCGGGGGUGUUAUCAAACACCUGGGAGACAACACAAGCCUCAUUAAAAAAGUGCAGAAAGACCAUCUUCCAUCAGCUGCAGGAGUGUUAACUAACACCCAAAAUCACCAUGCUACUUGAAAUGAAGAAUGUGAGUCUGACAACCGGAGACAGGCUGAAAGUGAAGGGGAUCAUUCAGCAUGAUGCCGAGAGAUUCAAGAUCGAGCUGGGCUGUGGUACGGACGACAUCGCGCUGCACUUUAAUCCCCGUUUUGAUGACGACGUUGAUGGUUCCGUUAUUGUUUGCAACUCAAAGACUGGUGGGUCUUGGGGCAAUGAGGUCCGGGACACACACAACCCUCUACACCGGGGAAGAGUGGUCAAUCUGGAGUUGACGCUGGAUGGAGACGUGUUUGAGGUGGCGCUUCCUGACGGACAGCAGCUGCAGUUUCCAAACCGUGAGAAAGUGGACGUCAUCAACUACGUCCGAAUCGCAGGAGACUUCAAACUGACUUCCUUCAAGAUCUGCUAAAAGACACAUGGUUAAAGAUGAGACUUUGAGACAGUUAUUGUAAGAAAUAUUGUUAAGGGGCGUAGAUCUUCAAUGUGAAUUUGAAAUGUAUCUUUAUUUGAAAAUGUCCCGUUGUGCUCAAGAAAAUAAAAUGUUUAAAUUCAAAGGA